AUGGGCAUCCGCAUAGAAUGGAGCUCCCCUUGUGGGGGUUGCCAAAAGACGCUGACCAAAGGGAGCAAUGCAAAGAAGUGCGGCAAAUGCAACAGCGUGUGGUACUGCUCGAAGGAGUGUCAAACCCUGGACUGGAAGCGUCCGAACAAGCAGGGACACAAACACCGGUGCGCGGCUUUAGCCGAGGCGGAUAAGUUGCGCGGGGCGGGGAAUCCCCGGUCGCAGAAGGCUUUCGAAGCGCAUGACUCGAAGCCCAUGAUGGAUAGGUUCCACGAGAUUCUCCAGAGGAAGAUACAACCCGGGGAGCGAGCGUACGAGGUGAUGUCCAAGAUGUUGGAGGACGGCGUCGCGAAAGGCGCGCGCGCGAUAAUGAUGAUCCACGAGGAGGUUCUGGGGAACGGCACGAUCGAAUUCACCGUCGUUCCCGAGGCACAGGUGGAGGUGAUGCUCGAGGACGACGCGGCAUUUUCGCGCCACGCGCUGAUGGUUCGCACCUACGACCCAGAGAAGCAGUUCGUGAUUUGCUACGAGACGAGCCAGCCGGAGAGGCACAUCGUGUUCCGCGUGAUGGCCGAGGACAUUCUCAAUCGUCGGUCCUGAUGA